CAACAUGAUGGCAUAGAUGAACAGAUUCUGUACAUACCUAAAUCGUGUGCUAAUGUUGAACAACUGAUAGGUCCUUCUUCUCUCUAAGAGAGAGCAGUUCAUCGCAGCAUUCAGGUAUACGUGCAAAAUUUGUUCAAGCAUGGCUGUCUUCGAGGCAUCCUGGUUGAAACCCUUUAUGGACGAGAGCGAAGGUAACUCAACACCUGUGCAAGGGCUGAAAGCACUCUAUUCCGAGGCUCUGCUAGCUGCAUACUACAGCACAGCUGACACGAAUAGUGCAUUUAAUUCGGGGGAUACAGCUUCCGAUGAUCACGAGAACACACUCACUCCAGCAUUACCGACACGGAUACCACUGACAGAGCGACAGUGGGAGACUGCGAUGACGCGCUUCAGGCGGAAGAAGAUUAUGGACGAACGUGGAUUAACUCGGAUUUGGUCUCGGAUCAUAGUAGUAGAAGAGACGGAUGUCACGACGCCUAUCGGUUUGGAACAGCCAACUCGUUCUCCUCUAACACGAGAACAGCAGAUCACUAAAGCCUCGUGUUUAAGGCGCAAAACCUCGAUGAGACUCUCGGGGAUUACGCGUGUGUGGGAUGUUGCAACGAGGAAUCAAGAAAAACUAGCACUACGUGAUGAUCUGUUCUGGGGUGGAUCUGACACACUGGACCAAUCACCCAAGAACCGACGUCGCAGGCGAAAGCGGAUCAUGAUUAGACGAGGCUUGUCUCGAAUAUGGAGGUUGCCAGAGAUAGUUCAUUCGCACGUCACUGCAAUGCAGCAAGAUGGCAUGACAGUAGGGGAGGACGAAACCUGUCUCUACCACUCACGAAAGGAUGCCAUCCCCGAUAGCGACUAUGCUGAAUCUCAGGCCGCCUACUUAGUCGCACCGUAUGUGCCAACGAUGGUACUGAGCGUCUCUGAUCUAACCACUUCAACCCGCGGACAGUACUUGGCCGUGGAUGCCUGAGCUUCCCUUAUACAUGCGAAGUGUACACAUGUCGUUCCAAAUGAAUUCUAAGUAGUAGAACGAAUUCGCAUGAUUCACAGGGUGAAUUUCGUCGCUGGCCAACCGCUUCAUGAAUACUUUUGUACAUAGUAACCAAAUUCAGUAUGUGGAGGGGGACAACUAGCGCAAGGUUGUUUGCAUUCAGCCAUUACUAAUUCGAUUGUGAUCACCCACAUUGGAGCGACGGCCCAGAGGAAACCGAAUAUUUUGCCCAGACCAUAAACUCUGAACGGGAAAAGUCUCGACAGGAUUUCGAAAAGCAUAGGCCGAUCAUCAUUGGUGAAGAACGUCACAGCUUUGCCCUGACGGCCCGCACGCCCAGUUCGUCCAAUGCGAUGGAUAUAAUCCGCAGUCGAUUGUGGGAAAUCGUAGUUCACCACGAGAUUCACCCCUUUGAAAUCGAUACCACGCCCAAGUAUAUUGGUUGCAAUUAGCACCCAUAUCUCGCCUAAACGGAAUUUCUUGAUAACGUUCUCUCGCUGCAGUUUAUAUGUACGGGUAAGAGUAUUAAAUCAGAUAUGGUGUUCGCAAUGGACAGUAAUAUUGAAUGCAAUACAAACAAUCGUGAUCGAUUCAUUUCAAAUCAAAUAUACGCACAUAUGCAAUCCAAUGAUUCAAUUCAUGUAUACAUAUAGGCACAAAAUAAAUUC